UUUACUGUCAUCAAUUUCGAAAUGUUCAACCUUUUAGCGCUAGAAUAAUGGAAAACGGAAUGCACCUAUAUAUCUGCGCAUACUAUAUAGAAUACGUGUCUGAUUUAAUAUAUUGUAUAGCGUGAGUUUGUGCGAGUCUGCCGAUACUUUUCUAGAUGUGCCGAAAAGCAAAUCUACAACGUAAACUGUACUAGCUAGUACUGGCUAUACAUAUCUAGUUUAUCUAGUUUAUUGUAAUCUACAUCUUUAUAGCAUGAGAAGGGAAUUAUAAUAAUUUUCAUUGAAUUAUACCAUUAAUAUCAGAUAUUAAAAUGGCUAACAGUGAGGAUAACAAAAGUGAGGCAUCAGUGAACAUGGAAAGUGAAAAUGAUAACGUUGAAGCUGAAGACACUGAAAAAAUAAUGAUCAUUGAUCCUGAUUCUGAAGAAUUAGACUUCAACCAUUCACGAUUAACCAAAUUAGAAAAUUUAGAACCUUUAACGAAAAUAAAAACACUGUGUUUUACAUGGAAUUUAAUUAAAAAAAUUGAAAAUCUUGAUACUUUGCACACACUGGUAGAAUUGGAAUUACGAGACAAUCAAAUUACUGUUAUUGAAAAUUUGAAUGCUCUCGUAAACUUAAAAUUGUUAGACUUAUCAUUCAAUAGAAUAAAAAAGAUAGAAGGUUUAGAUAACUUAAUCAAUUUACAAAAAUUAUUUCUUUCCUCCAAUAGAAUCACAAAAAUUGAAAAUAUAUCACAUUUAAAAAAUUUGACAUUACUAGAAUUAGGUGAUAAUAAAAUUAGAGACAUUGAAAAUUUAGAAGGAUUAAAUAAUUUAACUAACUUAUUUUUGGGAAAAAAUAAAAUCACAAAAAUCCAAAAUUUAAAUACUUUGCGUAAUCUACAAUUACUUAGCAUUCAGUGUAACAGGAUUGUACGUAUUGAAAAUUUGACUGAAUUGACCAAUUUGGAACAACUGUAUCUAUCUGAAAAUGGAUUGACAUGUAUAGAAGGUUUAGAAAAUUGCCUAAAAAUAUCAACCUUGGAUCUUGCUAACAACAAAAUUAAAAAGAUUACAAAUAUAAAUCAUUUAACUGAACUAGAAGAAUUUUGGAUCAACAAUAAUGAAAUAGAGGAUUGGAGUACUGUUGACAACUUAACAUCAAAUACAAAGUUAGAAACAGUGUAUUUUGAGCAUAAUCCUAUUGCAAAGGAUCCUAAUUACAGAAGAAAAAUCAAACUUGUGUUACCUUGGUUAUCGCAGUUGGAUGCUACGUUAUGUAGAUGAAACAACUGCUUAUUUUUUAAAGAAAAAACUGAAAUUGGUCAAUGUAACUAUGGCAAAAUAUUGUAAGAAUUUGAAUCAAAAGAAUAUCACUUAUAUUAAAUAUUUUAAUUUUUAGUAUUUUUGUAACUAUG